AUGCCUUGCCGCCCAGCCGUAUGCAGCCACUCCCUAGGCCGAGCAUGGCUACACUCCCUCCCCUCAAAACUAGACCAAGCAUCCCACUACAACCUAUCCAUAGAACUCUUCUACGAAGACCUCUACUACAUCGCAAAAACCCUCCCAGGCGGACCCACCCCACAAAACCACCUCUCAGCAGCCCACUACAUCCGCCAACUCUGCGAUGAACGAAACAUCUCCAUCAUCUGUCUCCAACCUUUCAUGCACUACGACGGCCUAAUCGACAGAACCCGCCACGCAGAACGUAUUGAAGAGAUGAAAAAUUGGAUCCAAAUGGCAGGGAUUUUGGGAACGAGUCUUAUUGGGAUUCCUUCGACGUUUUUGCCUGAAGAGGAGGUUAGUGGGGAUGUGGAACUUAUUACGAGGGAUUUACAGGAGGUUGCUGAUUUGGGGGCUCCGUAUGGUGUGCAAUUCGCUUAUGAGGCUUUGAGUUGGGGUACGCAUGUUGAUACUUGGGAGGCUUCGUGGGAGAUUGUUAAGAGAGUUGAUCGAGAUAAUUUUGGGCUUUGUUUGGAUACUUAUAAUAUGGCCGGAAGAGUCUACGCAGACCCAACAUCCCCCACAUUCAAAACCCCCAACGCAGAAUCCGAAAUGACCGCCUCCCUAACCCGUCUAAUCAACACAGUCGACGUCCGCAAAAUCGCCUUCGUCCAAGUCGUCGACGCCGAAAAACUCACCUCCCCCUUACUCCCAGGCCACGAAUUCUACGACCCUACACAAUGUGCACGAAUGAGCUGGUCGAGAAAUUGUCGUCUUUUUUACGGAGAAGAGGAUCGCGGGGCGUAUUUACCUAUUAAAGCUAUUUUGAAAGCUAUUCUUGUGGAUUUGGGAUUUGAAGGGUAUUUGAGUGCGGAAAUGUUUAAUCGGAGUUUGGUGGAUGGGGAUUCUGGGGUGCCGGAGAGGCAUGCUAGGAGGGUGUGGCAGUCUUGGGAGAAGAUUGUGGAGGAUUUUGGGGUUGGGGGGGAUGGUACUGCUGCUGCUGCUGCUACUGCUGCUGCUACUCCUGCUGUUGUGAGAUCGGGUAGUGUUGGGAGAUUGGAGAUUGAACCACAGGCACCACGUGCGCAGUUGUGA